AAAGAAUUUAAUUAAUGGAAGAAUCAAAGUUAAGAAUUGCUAUUAUCAAUAAAGAUAGAUGUAAACCAUAACGUUGUGCUUUGGAAUGCAAAAAGAAUUGUCCAAUUAAUAAGAGUGAGAAAUUAUGUAUCGAAGUUACAAAGUAAAGUAAAUUAUGCACAAUCAAUGAAUCAUUAUGUAUUGGAUGUGCUAUUUGUGUUAAGAAAUGUCCAUUCAAAGCAAUCAUGAUUAUUAAUUUACCCAAAGAUUUAUCUAAAGAAUUAACACAUUAAUAUGGAGCCAAUUCAUUCAAAUUACAUAGAUUACCAACACCUAGACCAGGAUAAGUUUUAGGAUUAGUUGGAACUAAUGGUAUUGGAAAAUCAACUGCAUUAUAAAUUCUAAGUGGAAAAGUGCAACCUAAUUUGGGUUUAUAUAAAGAGCCUCCUACAUUUGAAUAGAUCUUAAAGUAUUUUAGAGGAAGUGAAUUACAAAGUUAUUUACAAAAAGUAUUUGAAGGAAAGGUGAAGGCUGUAAUAAAACCAUAAUAUGUUGAUUCAAUUGGUAAGGCAGUUAAAGGUAAAGUUGGAGAAGUUAUUAAAAAUAAGGAUAAAUUGAAUAGAGCAGAAUAAUUAUUAAAAGAUUUAGAAUUGUCUCAUUUAGUAGAUAGAGAAAUUGGUAUGUUAUCUGGAGGUGAAUUGUAAAGAUUUGCAAUAUUAAUGGCAUGUAUUUCAGAAAGUGAAUGUUUGAUGCUUGAUGAACCAACAUCUUAUUUAGAUAUUAAAUAAAGAGUGGUUGCAUCUAGAAUCAUAAGAAAUUAAGUAAGAGAUAACAAUUAUCUUAUUGUUGUAGAACAUGAUCUAUCCAUAUUAGAUUAUUUAUCAGAUUUUAUAUGUUGUUUAUAUGGAGAAUAAACAGCUUAUGGUAUAGUGACAAUGCCUUUUUCAGUUAGAGAAGGUAUUAAUAUAUUUUUGGCUGGAUUUGUACCUACUGAAAAUAUGAGAUUUAGAGAUUAUGAAUUAAGUUUCAAGAUUUCAGAUAAUUUAGAUAUGUUAGAAAAUCAGAAAUAAAAGAAAAAUUAUCAAUAUCCUGAUAUGAAAAAAGUAUAAGGAGAAUUUUCAUUGUAAGUAAAAGCAGGAGGUUUUAAUAAUUCAGAAAUUGUUGUUUUAUUAGGAGAAAAUGGAACUGGUAAAACUACAUUCAUUAAAAUGUUGGCUGGAAAAGAUAAAGAUGUUGUUGAUAUUCCAAAAUUAAGUGUCAGUUAUAAACCAUAAAUGAUUGCACCUACAUUUGAUGGAACAGUUUAAGAAUUAUUUAGAUCUAAAUUAUAAGAUAGUCAUAGAAAUCCAUAAUUUUAAACUGAUGUAUAUAAACCAUUGAGAAUUGAAGAUUUAGAAGAUAAUGAAGUUAAGAAAUUAUCAGGAGGUGAAUUAUAAAGAGUUGCUUUGAUUUUAGCAUUAGGUAAACCAGCUGAAGUUUAUUUAUUGGAUGAACCAUCUGCUUAUUUAGAUGCAGAAUAAAGAGUUGCUACAUCUAAAUUAAUUAAAAGAUUUAUAAUGAAUACAAAAAGAGCAGGUUUUGUUGUUGAACAUGAUUUUAUUAUGGCAACUUAUUUGGCAGAUAAGUAAUUACUUUAUUUAUAUUAAAAGAGUUGUAGUGUAUGAUGGUGUACCAGGAAAAGCAUGUGUUGCUAAUGCACCUGAAGAUUUAUUAACAGGAAUGAAUAAAUUUUUGAAUGUUCUUAAUAUAACAUUUAGAAGAGGUAUAAUAUCUAUUUUAUUAUUUUAUAGAUCCAANUUCAAUUGGUAAGGCAGUUAAAGGUAAAGUUGGAGAAGUUAUUAAAAAUAAGGAUAAAUUGAAUAGAGCAGAAUAAUUAUUAAAAGAUUUAGAAUUGUCUCAUUUAGUAGAUAGAGAAAUUGGUAUGUUAUCUGGAGGUGAAUUGUAAAGAUUUGCAAUAUUAAUGGCAUGUAUUUCAGAAAGUGAAUGUUUGAUGCUUGAUGAACCAACAUCUUAUUUAGAUAUUAAAUAAAGAGUGGUUGCAUCUAGAAUCAUAAGAAAUUAAGUAAGAGAUAACAAUUAUCUUAUUGUUGUAGAACAUGAUCUAUCCAUAUUAGAUUAUUUAUCAGAUUUUAUAUGUUGUUUAUAUGGAGAAUAAACAGCUUAUGGUAUAGUGACAAUGCCUUUUUCAGUUAGAGAAGGUAUUAAUAUAUUUUUGGCUGGAUUUGUACCAACUGAAAAUAUGAGAUUUAGAGAUUAUGAAUUAAGUUUCAAGAUUUCAGAUAAUUUAGAUAUGUUAGAAAAUCAGAAAUAAAAGAAAAAUUAUCAAUAUCCUGAUAUGAAAAAAGUAUAAGGAGAAUUUUCAUUGUAAGUAAAAGCAGGAGGUUUUAAUAAUUCAGAAAUUGUUGUUUUAUUAGGAGAAAAUGGAACUGGUAAAACUACAUUCAUUAAAAUGUUGGCUGGAAAAGAUAAAGAUGUUGUUGAUAUUCCAAAAUUAAGUGUCAGUUAUAAACCAUAAAUGAUUGCACCUACAUUUGAUGGAACAGUUUAAGAAUUAUUUAGAUCUAAAUUAUAAGAUAGUCAUAGAAAUCCAUAAUUUUAAACUGAUGUAUAUAAACCAUUGAGAAUUGAAGAUUUAGAAGAUAAUGAAGUUAAGAAAUUAUCAGGAGGUGAAUUAUAAAGAGUUGCUUUGAUUUUAGCAUUAGGUAAACCAGCUGAAGUUUAUUUAUUGGAUGAACCAUCUGCUUAUUUAGAUGCAGAAUAAAGAGUUGCUACAUCUAAAUUAAUUAAAAGAUUUAUAAUGAAUACAAAAAGAGCAGGUUUUGUUGUUGAACAUGAUUUUAUUAUGGCAACUUAUUUGGCAGAUAAGUAAUUACUUUAUUUAUAUUAAAAGAGUUGUAGUGUAUGAUGGUGUACCAGGAAAAGCAUGUGUUGCUAAUGCACCUGAAGAUUUAUUAACAGGAAUGAAUAAAUUUUUGAAUGUUCUUAAUAUAACAUUUAGAAGAGGUAUAAUAUCUAUUUUAUUAUUUUAUAGAUCCAACUAAUUUUAGACCAAGAAUCAAUAAAAUGGAUUCUAUAUUGGAUAGAGAAUAGAAAUAAAGUGGUAACUAUUUCUGUUUAGAUGAAUGA